UGGAGGCCCUCUCCCUCUGUUUCAAAGAAAGUCUUCAGCUUUGAGGCUUUGACCCAACCCACGCCUUGGCUUCUCCUCCUUCGCCCCUCCUUUCCCUCAUCCUUCUCAUCUCCUUCUCAAUCACCCUCCAAAUCCCUCUGAAUCCUCUUCCCAUUCCCAUCAUUCUCGCCAUUCCAAGCACUUCUACAUAUAUAUUGAUGAUAAUAUCCAAAAAAAGCUUAGCAGCCCCCUCAGCGUCCCAGGAUGGGCUCGUGCUUCUCCAUCACCGCCACCAAGGUCACCGGAUCCUCUUCCUCCUCUGCAAACCAGGCCGCAGCCCGGAAUGACAACCAGAACCCCAGAGAUGCUAACAAGAAUCCAUCCCCGCAGCACCAUGUCCAGCAGAGAGAUCCCAAGGGGCAGCAUCGGAGGAGGGGUAGCGGCUUGGUGCCAUGCGGCAAGCGGACGGAUUUCGGAUAUGAUAAGGAUUUCGAUAGCCGGUAUUCGAUCGGGAAGUUGCUUGGUCAUGGGCAAUUUGGUUAUACGUUUGUCGCCACUGAUAAAGCCAAUGGAGAUCGUGUCGCUGUGAAGCGGAUCGAGAAAAAUAAGAUGGUACUUCCCAUAGCCGUUGAAGAUGUGAAGCGUGAAGUGAAGAUACUGAAAGCUUUGAGAGGUCAUGAAAAUGUUGUCCACUUUCACAAUGCAUUUGAAGAUGAUAAUUAUGUGUAUAUAGUAAUGGAAUUGUGCGAGGGUGGUGAACUACUGGAUCGAAUAUUGGCCAAAAUUUCCAGCAUAAAUAAUUGUGGAACACUUCUUACCAUGGGCUGGGCCACUCAAUGCAGAAAAGACAGCCGUUACAGUGAGAAAGAUGCUGCAGUAGUAGUGCGGCAGAUGCUUAAAGUUGCCGCUGAGUGCCAUCUUCGUGGUUUGGUUCAUCGAGACAUGAAGCCUGAGAAUUUUCUUUUUAAAUCAACAAAAGAGGAUUCACCUCUUAAGGCAACAGAUUUUGGUCUUUCAGAUUUCAUAAAGCCAGGAAAGAAAUUCCAUGAUAUUGUUGGCAGCGCCUAUUAUGUUGCUCCAGAAGUUCUGAAACGCAAGUCUGGCCCUGAGUCAGAUGUGUGGAGCAUUGGUGUGAUAACAUACAUUUUGCUUUGUGGGAAGCGCCCCUUUUGGGAUAGAACUGAGGAUGGAAUAUUCAAAGAGGUCCUAAGGAAUAAGCCUGAUUUUCGGAGGAAGCCUUGGCCUAGCAUAAGCGAUAGUGCUAAAGACUUCAUUCAGAAGCUAUUGGUAAAGGACCCUCGUUGCAGGCUGACUGCCGCCCAAGCUUUGUCACAUCAAUGGGUGAGAGAAGGGGGAGUUGCAUCAGAAAUUCCUAUAGAUAUAUCUGUGCUAUCUAAUAUGCGCCAAUUUGUGAAGUACAGCCGUUUGAAGCAAUUUGCACUCAGGGCAUUAGCAAGUACACUCAAUGAGGAUGAGAUAGCUGAUCUCAAAGACCAGUUUCAGGCAUUUGAUGUGGACAAAAAUGGCGUAAUCAGUCUUGAAGAAAUGAGACAAGCUCUUGCAAAAGACAUCCCUUGGAGAUCAAAGGAACCUCGUGUUUUAGAAAUUCUUCAAGCGAUCGACAGCAACACAGACGGGCUAGUGGAUUUCUCUGAGUUUGUUGCAGCAGCACUACAUGUGCGUCAGUUGGAAGAACAUGAUUCCGAGAGGUGGCAUUCACGGUCUCAAGCUGCUUUCGAAAAAUUUGAUGUGGACAAAGAUGGAUACAUCACUCCCGAGGAACUUAGAAUGCACACCGGGUUGAGGGGUUCUAUUGAGCCGCUGCUAGAUGAGGCAGACAUCGACAAAGAUGGUAGAAUAAGCCUGGCUGAAUUCAGAAGGCUUUUAAGAACGGCGAGCAUGGGCUCACACCAGCCUAGUCCAUCCGGCGUCAGGAAUCCUCAGAAAUUUUAGCUUAUGCUAAAAUCUUUGUAGAGGGAGUAGGAUUGAAUGCCGAGUUUCCUUGUAUAUAGUUUUCGCCUUCUCUAAAUUUGUUCACUCAGAUUCAACCAGCAAUCAAGAAUUGAAACCUUGAUGAACUGAUACGUUUGCACUGAAUGGGAAUUUUCAUCCUGUACAUUCCAUUGCUUUGGUUUGGAGAGAGUUCUUUAAGUUUCAUCUGUUUGUAAUUGUGUUUAUAAUAUAAAUCCAGAGAAUAUUCCUGUGCAGAAUCUUGCCUCAUUUUUUCA